AUGGAUUUUACUCCUGAGCUAUCCGCAUUUGAAGGCUUAAUUAUAUCUUUAAACCACACUAACAGUUUUUCAAGAAUAACAUCUAAGGGCGGCAAUGAAGAAAAAGUUAGAAGUAUAAUUGAAAGUAUGACCAGGUUUUUAAAAAAUGAAAAAUAUAUAAAUGAAAAUGGAGUAAUAGACACAAUGGUAUCAAAAACACGAAAGUUUGCGAUGUAUAUUGUUCUGAAUUCUGAUUUAAAAUCUAUUCAAGAGUUGGCAGAAAUGGAAGGAGUUUUUCUAGUCAUACAGUCAAUACCAAACAUUCCGCAAUACCUGAUGUGUGAAAUGUUGUGGAACCUUUGUAUGGAGGACUUUGUUUAUGAAAUUAUUACUUACUGCUAUCCCCCACUUGCAGUGGAAGUGGCAGAAUCAUUUGCAGAGAACUAUAAGUAUUCUGAUCCCACCAAAGAUCUUAAAAAAUUACACAAUUUAUCAGUGGCAAUAUAUUCCUUAAUUUGUAGACUGCACUGUUUUAAAUUUGACAAAGCAACCUUUAGCAAGUUACUAGUCACUAGUUAUGAGACUCUACUAAAAUGUUUAAAAUAUUUCACAAAUCCACCUAAUAAUCACUUAAUAGAGUUGCUAACUAAUGACGAGUUGUACAAGUUUCACGGAAAGAGUUUCAAAACAAUUUUACUGUUGAUAUAUGAAUGUUUUAGCUGCUUUACUCGAGAAGUAAACUCAAGUUGGUGUAAUGAUAUAUACAGGUCCACAUAUAAGGGCAGUUGUUUUAAGUUUAAUCCACCCACAAACAAAGUAUGCGACUGUCCCGACAAAGAUGUAAGAAAUUGCUUAAUGACUUGCAAUGUUAUGUUGUUAGAUAUUUUUCAACAAGUUGUGAUGGGCGUCAGUAUUGAUAUAUUCUGUGCUUGGAGUGAAUUUGAAGAUGACGGUAAAAGUAUGCAACAGGUCAUAGGUGAGCUGUGUCAUAAAGUGAGGACAAAGUUGCUGCAGGUGAAUGGUAUGUCUGAACACCCUGUUGUAGACAUGGUCCAACAGAUGGCUCGUAAACCAGCUGUCAUCAAUGAUAUUAUUAAUGUUACUGAUGCAAACGUAAUCAUUCAGAAUAUUUAUAGUAAUUCCGAAGAUAGAGCCUCUUGGAUACAUGCUCUGGUACAUAAAGAAUUUCUAUGUCAGCAUCUAGAGCUCAUCAAUUUCAUUGAAACCAACUUGCGUGAGUUUGAUAAUGAAGAAUGUGUAAAACUAUACCGCAUGUUCACCAAUUAUGCUAAAAGCAACACAACUAACAGAGAGCAUGUGAUACCAGCAUCUAUCAAGAUAUUCCGGCGCUGCAGUAUAUCAGACAAACAUAAACUGCUUAAAGAACAUUUCAGUGAGAACCAGUUCCAUGACACAAGUGAAGGGGAACAUUAUAACAACUUUGUUACUGAAAUGUUCAAUAAAUUUAUAGCAGACACCGAUUCAGAAUUCAAAGAAGUAUUAGAUGCUUUCUUACUGAACCCCAAAGAAGUUUAUACUAAAAUAUUUGUGUUGGCUGAAGAAAAUGCUCAGCUAACAAAUGCAAUGCUGAAAGUUAUGGAUCUACUCAGGGAUUAUUCUAAUUAUUACUAUGUGACUGAAACAGAGCCUUGUAUUAUAAGUAUAAUUAAGAAAAUUAUUGAUGAAUCGUUAGAUUCGGACAGUAAACAAGAUAAUAUAGUGAAGUUUUUGAGUGGACUGAAGAUAAGUAAUUUACUCCCAGGAACAAAGUUACUCCUUUUAAUUAUAAUGCCACACAUGCACAAAGCUCUUUUGAACAAAGAUAUUGGAAAAAUACAUGUGCAGAUGCAACUCUUGAAUGAGGCCUACACUAUCCGAGAAUUGUUAGAAUACCGGGCUCCUAUGCUCGCCAUGUUGAGUCAAGUCAUGGAGGUGGUCCGCUGGGGAAACAUCAAAGCAUUUGUGCCAAAGGCCUCAUCAACUCUUCAACUCACUUUGAGCUUUCAGAAAGCUUUGAUAGAAACAUAUGAUACUGUAAUUCCAAAUGAUGAAGGUGAUUGGUUGCGAAUCAGACUGAAACGCAAAAAUAUGCAGCCACAAAAUAACUUUUACUUCAGAAAACUAUUAGGUGGGCAAGGUUCCAACUUCUUUCAAGCUGUCAGUGGCAUGCAAGUUGAUAAGGAUACUAAGCGCAGUGAAAUAUCAAUUUGGGCUACCCAGAUUUUAAGUUCAGGCACAUUGGAUGAAUGGUGUGUGGUCUGGGACAACUUGACCCGGCACAUUAACGACAUUGACGUUCUCUGCAUCUUUCACGAAGCCCUGCGCAUGAUUGCGAAGGCAGUUGAGGGGACCCGCACUCCUGCUACGAGAGCCUGUUUGUUUUACUGCAUCCAGAACCUCGUCUACAUCAUACGGUACAAAUUCUUUAAAGUUCCACUGACCGACCGACAUGUCAUAAGUACUGCAUUUAGCUUAUCGAAGUUAUUGGCAGAUACUAACGUAGAAGAUAUUGAUGAAAUCGGAUCCCGACUGAUGCCAUUGUUUGCUUAUCUAGUUGAAAAGAAAAAUAACUACACCACAGAUGUGCCAAGCUAUUUUGUAGAUACUAAUUAUGCAGCUUUAGUAAACCGAGCAUUUAAUGGUGACGCCGGACAAGAUGACGACGAUACGUAA